UUAAGUGUGUUGGUUCUAGUAUUAGAUGCAAAAUUCCAACUCCGCGGCUAUCUGUCGCAUUUACGUUUAUGCUUCUCCGGUCCAUCUGCAGCACAAGCAAGCGCUCAAGCCCCGCAUAGACUGGACAACUAGUACUGGAACCGUAUCGCAACGCACCCAAAAUGCCUGUUCGUAUCUACACGUUCAAAGUCGAGCUCAUCGGUUCUCGUAACCCUGUCAUUUCUCGGACAUUCUCUAUUCCGGCCUCCUGGACCUUCCAACGGUUGCAUGCAGCAAUCCAGUAUGCAUUCAGCUGGCAAAACUGCCACCUCCAUCAGUUCACGUUCGAACCCACGCGUCGUCCUCCGACACGUGAGGAGCGCCGUUUCAUCUCGAUGGAUUAUAGGGAAAAACUUGUUGUUAUUCAUAUGGGAACACCGGAAGAUGAAGAUAAUGACUGGGCCACAUCGGCACGCGCGAGGUUCAGUGAGAAGGACGUCAAAUUGAACGAUUUCUUUGAGGACACCGGAAAGUAUCGAAAGAUGGCAUUGAAAGAUGGGGUCAUCGGGAAAUGCUACUACUUGUAUGAUUUUGGGGUACGUAUCUGCCAGCUUUAAUAUGAUCUAGGUCUCACCUUGUUCAAGGACAACUGGGAACAUCAAAUAACACUGAUUUCUGCGGAGACGUCCGCGUCUGGCGUCAAGGAACUGAAAGUCAUCGAAGCCGCUGGUUGUGCUCCGCUCGAGGACGCUGGUGGCAUAUACGGCUGGGAUGAACUCAAGCGAGCUUUUGCAACCACGAAUCCAAAUAGCGAA